CCUCGCCGCUGUUCCAACCCACCAAACCCAGAGCAUUCCUCCAAUCCAGCACCACCGCCGCCAGCUCCACACCUCGAGAGGGACACCUCGUCGCCGGAGAAGCAAGAAGAAGAUGGCCGGAAGGAAGGGCGGCGAGAGGAAGAAGGCGGUGACCCGCUCCGUGAAGGCCGGGCUCCAGUUCCCCGUCGGCCGCAUCGGGCGCUACCUCAAGAAGGGCCGCUACGCGCAGCGCGUCGGCUCCGGCGCCCCCGUCUACCUCGCCGCCGUCCUCGAGUACCUCGCCGCCGAGGUCCUGGAGCUCGCCGGCAACGCGGCCAAGGACAACAAGAAGACGCGCAUCAUCCCGCGCCACCUGCUGCUGGCCGUCCGCAACGACCAGGAGCUGGGCAGGCUGCUCGCCGGCGUCACCAUCGCCCACGGCGGCGUCAUCCCCAACAUCAACUCCGUGCUGCUCCCCAAGAAGGCCGCCGGCGCCGCCGAGAAGGAGUCCACCAAGUCGCCCAAGAAGAAGGCCGCCACCAAGUCCCCCAAGAAGAAGACCGCAGCCACCAAGGAGUAGCCGUCCCCAUCCCCAUAGCCUAGCCAUUACUCAUGGACAAGAUGAGUACUAGUCGUUUGGUUGGCAGAUCUGUAUGUAGUGCCUGGUAGUCUCUAGUGACCCUGAAGAUGGUGUGGGAAAUACUAGUACUACUGAAGAUGCACUCCUUUGAGUCUUGGUAAUUCUCUUGUUCUAUAUAUCUAUGGUUGUCUGCAA